GCGGACAAGAGGCUGGCUCAAAGUAUAUGGCGCUGGACUUGACUAAACUGUAGAGAAGGUGACCGUCAACAUUUUAACUAGAUUGGUAGUAUUUUAUUUUAAAUAUACAAUUCAUACACGUCCAAUAUUUCGUCUAAGGUUGUCGUAGUCCUACAGCAUAUCCUCUCCAAAUGGCUGGUAAAAAGAAAGAAGUGAGCUUACAGGUGUCUGUUACAAACCAAGAGCAAUGGGAUGAAUUGCUUGAAACUAAAGGGUUGAUAGUUAUAGACGUCUAUCAGAAGUGGUGUGGUCCCUGCAAGGCUGUGGUCAGUCUCUUCAGGAAAAUAAAGAAUGAACUGGGAGAUGAACUGUUACAUUUUGCAACGGCAGAAGCAGACAGCAUUGAAACUCUAGAGAGAUACAGGGGGAAAUGUGAGCCUACCUUCCUCUUCUAUGGUGGAGGGGAGCUGGUUGCCGUGCUCAGGGGAGCCAACGCCCCCCUCUUACAAAGAACGAUCCUAAAGGAGCUGGAGAAGGAGAAGCUUGUGCUGCAGAAAGGACUAGAACGUGGAGCGGUAAAAGAUGAGGGCCUGGUCAUUGAUGAAAAGGAAGAGGAAGUCCCUGAACAGCACCAGAGAGAAGAAGAAAAACCUGUUCCUGCCAGUAAAUCCUGCACAGUUGCCAUUAUUAAGCCCGAUGCAGUUGCCCAUGGCCAAGUUGAGGAGAUUGUGAUGAAGAUUCAGGAUGCUGGCUUUGAGAUUCUGGCCAAUGAGGAGCGCACGUUGACCGAGGCUGAAGCUCAAGAUUUAUACCAACACAGAUCGUCAGAGGAGGGCUUUGAGGAACUGGUGCGGUUCAUGUCCAGCGGCCCCUCCCACAUCCUGCUGUUGUCUCAGCCGGAUGGGUCAGCCAAUGUCGUCCCUGCAUGGCGGAAGUUCAUUGGCCCAACCGACACUGAGCAGGCCAAGAGGGAGAAGCCAGAGAGCUUGCGGGCGCAGUACGGCACACAGACGCUGUUCAACGCCGUGCACGGCAGCGAGGACAGUGACCAGGCCAGCAGGGAGCUCGCCUUCUUCUUCCCCAACUUCAGGAAUGACUCGGUGGCCGAGCAGGAUGAGGCGGAAGGGCGUGUGGAGCGGACGCUGGCGCUCAUCCGGCCUGACGCUGCCAGGGAGAGCAGAGAUGAGAUCCUGUCUCGGAUACAUGAAGCGGGCUUUAAAGUGGCCCUGCAGCGAGAGGUGAUGCUGUCGGAAGAGCAGGUGAGACAGUUCUACAGCCAACAUGUCGACCAGGACUACUUCCCUGCACUGCUGAAAAACAUGACCAGCGGGCCUGUGCUUGCCCUGGCCCUGGUCAGGACAGGAGCAGUCAAUCAUUGGAGGAGUCUCCUGGGGCCCCAGGAUGUGAGCCGAGCCAAGGAGGAAAAGCCUGACUGUCUGCGGGCCCAGUUUGCGGUGGAUAGCGAGCCCCUCAACCAGCUCCAUGGCAGUGGGAGCCAGGAGGAGGCCCAGCAGGAGCUCAGCUUCUUCUUCCCCAAGCAACACACCCUUGCGCUGAUAAAGCCUGAUGCCAUGGACCAGCACAAAGACGUGAUUCUGGAUGAGAUACAUCAGGGCGGGUUCAGCAUCACCCGUCAGCAAGAGACAGUUUUGUCCAGGGAGAUGGCUGAGGAGUUCUAUAAGGACCACCGGGACAAGCCCUUCUACAACCAGCUGGUGGAGUUCAUGUGCCGGGGCCCGUGCAUGAUGCUGGUGUUGACCAAGGAGAACGCAGUGGAGGAGUGGAGGGCCAUGAUGGGCCCUACAGACCCCAGCAAGGCCAAGGACUCCUCUCCCAACUCACUCAGAGCUCGCUUCGCCUCCGACAUCCUCCAGAACUCUGUCCACGGCUCCUCUACACUGCAGCAUGCCGAAGAGAAGAUACACUUCCUGUUUGGUGACGUCACCAGUGAUGGAGACUUGGCCUCAGCCUCUCUGAGUCAUCACAUUGACGACGAAAAAGAGCACAACAGUUUUGUGGAUAUGACGCACUCAGAUGUGUCAAGAUCUUCAACGACAGAACUUAAAGAUUUAAUGGACCCCAGAAGUCCAGAAAUGACCACAUCUGCUUCUGAGAAGACUGACCGAACAGACACUUGCAGUACCCCCGGUAGCCAAUAGGAAGAUGAGACCAGACCGCUGUAACAAACCCUCCACGUCAACAGAUUCCGUAGUAGCCAGACUUUGACAGCCUUAUAGACAGAGUAACUAACUAGCCCGGUUAUUUUCUUUGUAUGUAGGAAAAAUGAGUCAGUGAUAAUGUUUGUCUUGGACGUUGCUUCAUAAAAAUAUUAAAAUUCAGUCUGUGUAUAUAUAAAUUACAACUGGAGAUUAAAAUGUAUGACAGUGAUAUCAAAACUUUAUUGCAGAUGUUACAGUAAGGAAAUUAAAAAAAGUUUUUAAAUCAACAAUUCAACAAUUUAUUUUGUGAUUUGCUCAAGCUUGACAUUAUAGGGGUUUUAUGUUUCUUGAAUACAGCCUACACUA